AUGCGAAAGCUCAUCUACGACGACACAGGACAAGGUUGGGCUUGGCAUAUGCUCUAUGGGACGUCCAAAGUUCUAGAAGUCCUUACGGCAGAAAAUUGUCGAACUGGUGCUGGUCGAGAGCUCUUCUUAGAGAUCCGAGUCUUCGAGAUUGCUCGUUCAAUGUUGUUUGGCCAGCGGUCCUUUCUCUCAACCACACCAUGGCUUGAUUUAGUAGACAGCCUAUGGCAGGGCGAGCAUAUCCGCGACUGGAACCCGAAAGAGCGGCUACUGGACAUUAUGACUCUGGUAUCGGACCUUGCUACCGACUACAUCAAGUCCGAGACUCCGUCUUCUUUCAAUGUAGAAGCGGUGACCAAGCUGCAAGCAUACGUUGACGAAGGACAGAUCCUGCGAUCUCAUCUAUCCUCGUGGCAGCUCAUAGCCCAACAGUGGCCAUCUACCUCCUCGGCCGACCACCAGAUGGACAUCGCCUGGAUAUUUUACUCUGCAAUCUCCAUCUACCUCUCUGGCAUCUACGAUUAUGAACCCAUCUGGAAGAAUCACUUCGCACCUCCGUCCCUGCAACCUACCCAGGUACAAGACCACGUCGACAGUAUUCUAUCGGUUACCUCAGCAGCUCUUGACCAGACGAAUAUCACGCCUCUCCUUUUUCUUUUUCCACUACGCAUUGCGGGAGCGCGGACGCGGACGGUACAACAGCAAAUGGAGAUCAAAGCGUUGCUUUCACGGAUAAAGAAUGAUUUCAGAAUCGCUAGUGCCUUUUCGUCGGAACUCGACAACCUGUGGGGAAGCGCACCAACAGUGUGGUCAGAAAGGGCUGGGGGAUAG